UAUUUAAUAUUUUUUUUUAGGUUGCAGUUUCAUCAUUAUCUGCAGUUAUCAAGUUUUUAGAACUCUUGUCAGAUGAUUCAAAUUUUGGACAGUUUGAACUGACUACUUUUGACUUCAACCAAUACAUGAAAUUGGACAUGGCAGCAGUUAGAGCCCUCAACCUUUUCCAGGGUUCUGUUGAAGAUACCACUGGCUCUCAGUCUCUGGCUGCAUUACUGAAUAAGUGCAAAACUGCUCAAGGACAAAGAUUGGUCAACCAGUGGAUUAAACAGCCUCUCAUGGACAAGAACAGAAUAGAAGAGAGAUUAAAUUUAGUGGAAGCUUUUGUAGAAGAUUCAGAACUGAGGCAGACCUUACAGGAGGAUUUACUGCGUCGAUUUCCAGAUCUUAACCGACUUGCCAAGAAAUUUCAGAGACAAGCGGCGAACUUACAAGACUGUUACCGAAUAUAUCAGGGUGUGAACCAGCUCCCCAGUGUCCUGCAGGCUCUGAAGAAAUACCAAGGAAGACACCAGGCAUUGUUGUCGGCAGUUUUUGUGACUCCUCUUACUGAUCUUCGCUCUGAUUUUUCAAAAUUUCAAGAAAUGAUAGAAACAACUUUGGAUAUGGAUCAGGUGGAAAACCAUGAGUUUCUUGUAAAGCCCUCAUUUGAUCCUAACCUGAGUGAACUAAGGGAAGUGAUGGACGGCCUGGAGAAGAAGAUGCAGUCCACGUUAAUAAGCGCAGCCCGGGGGCUUGGAUUGGACCCUGGCAAACAGAUUAAGUUGGAUUCCAGCGCACAGUUUGGAUAUUAUUUUCGUGUAACCUGCAAGGAAGAAAAAGUCCUUCGCAACAAUAAGAACUUCAGCACCGUGGAUAUUCAGAAGAACGGGGUUAAGUUCACCAACAGUGAGCUAUCUUCUUUAAAUGAAGAAUAUACUAAAAAUAAAGGCGAGUAUGAGGAGGCCCAGAAUGCCAUUGUUAAAGAAAUCGUCAAUAUUUCUUCAGGCUACGUAGAGCCGAUGCAGACGCUCAAUGAUGUGCUAGCUCAGUUAGACGCCGUCGUCAGCUUCGCGCACGUCUCAAAUGCAGCACCCAUUCCUUACGUCCGGCCGGUCAUCUUGGAGAAAGGAAAAGGAAGAAUUACUCUGAAAGCCUCCAGGCAUGCUUGUGUUGAAGUCCAAGAUGAAGUCGCGUUUAUACCGAACGAUGUGCACUUUGAAAAGGGUGCCCAGACGUUCCACAUCAUCACCGGUCCCAACAUGGGCGGUAAAUCCACAUACAUUCGUCAGACUGGGGUGAUUGUACUCAUGGCCCAAAUCGGGUGUUUUGUGCCAUGCGAGUCAGCAGAGGUAUCCAUUUUGGAUUGCAUCCUGGCUCGAGUUGGGGCUGGUGACAGUCAGCUAAAAGGUGUCUCCACGUUCAUGGCUGAAAUGCUGGAGACUGCGUCUAUCCUCAGAUCAGCAACCAAAGAUUCCUUAAUAAUCAUUGAUGAACUGGGAAGAGGAACAUCGACUUACGAUGGGUUUGGAUUAGCAUGGGCUAUAUCGGAGUACAUUGCAACGAAGAUUGAUGCCUUUUGCAUGUUUGCAACCCAUUUUCAUGAACUUACAGCUCUGGCCAGCCAGAUACCAACCGUGAACAAUUUGCACGUCACUGCACUAACGACUGAAGAAACCUUAACUAUGCUUUACCAAGUUAAAAAAGGUGUCUGUGAUCAGAGUUUUGGGAUUCAUGUGGCUGAGCUUGCUGAUUUCCCGCAGCAUGUAAUAGAGUGCGCCAGACAGAAAGCUCUCGAGCUUGAGGAGUUUCAGAACAUUGGAACCUCACAGGGACGCGAUGAGAUGGAGCCAGCCGCCAAGAGAUGCUGCCUGGACAGAGAGCAAGGUGAGAAGAUUAUUGUGGAGUUCCUGUCCAAGGUGAAGCAAGUGCCCUUUACUGACAUGUCGGAGGAGAGCGUCAUGCUGAAGCUGAAGCAGCUGAAAGCCGAGGUGGUCGCAAAGAAUAAUAGCUUCGUGAAUGAAAUCAUUUCACGGGUAAAGGUCACAUGAGAAAGCGCCAGCGGCACAGAGAGGGCAAGGAUGAGCUCGCCAUGUGUGGCUCUGCCGUGCUCACCAUCGGGACUGGGAGAGCGGUGUACCCAAGUUUUUAAUGAUACUUUACCUGAAAAUGUCUUAAAAUAUUCUCAAGUUGAGAUCUGUAACUGGGUCUAACGGGCAUGGGCAACUUUAAGCAACAUGGAGAAUUUUAUAAAUAAAGUCAUAUAGUUUGUAGAA